GCAAACCCCACCAAUUAACAUCAUAUCACAUUGCACUACUACAACUUGAGUAUAUCUAGCUCUAGCUUCCUCGUCGAUCGCCGGUGGCAUUGAGUGUAGAGCUAGCGGCGGCGGCGGCGAUGAGCAUGUCGAGGGACCCGCUGGUGGUGGGGAGCAUCGUCGGCGACGUGGUGGACCACUUCGGCGCGUCGGCGCUGCUGAGGCUGUUCUACAACCACCGCGAGAUGACGAGCGGGUCGGAGCUCAGGCCGUCGCAGGUCGCCGGCGAGCCGGCCGUCCAGAUCACCGGAGGCCGCGAUGGGAGGGCGCUCUACACGCUCGUAAUGGUGGACCCUGAUGCACCUAGCCCCAGCAACCCUUCCAAAAGGGAAUACCUUCAUUGGUUGGUAACUGACGUACCAGAAGGAGGCGAUACGAGUAAAGGGACGGAGGUGGUGGCGUACGAGAGCCCGCGGCCGACAGCGGGGAUCCACCGGUUGGUGUUCAUCGUGUUCCGGCAGACAGUGCGGCAGUCCAUCUACGCGCCGGGGUGGCGCUCCAACUUCAACACCAGGGACUUCGCCGCCUGCUACAGCCUCGGCUCCCCCGUCGCCGCCGCCUACUUCAACUGCCAGAGGGAGGGCGGCUGCGGCGGCCGGAGGUACAGGUCAUGACAUGAUCUACAUCCAUCAUCCAACUGCCAUGUCCGGCAGCCAUCUAUCCAACAUUAAUUGUUAAUUAGCCUCCCAACUGAAGGCAAAUUAAUUAGUUAUUAUAUAUUAAAGAGAGAAAAAGAAACAUAUAUAUAUAUGUCAUAAAAUGUUGUAGGACAUAUAUAUGGUGGUUAUUAGAUGACACUUUCCCAAAAUGGAAAAUGUGUCUAGGGUGCAUGAGUAGUGCUUCUGUGUUAAUGUUUGUGAUUGUAGUAUUUCCCAGUGCUAGAUCGGUGUUAGCCCUAUUCAGAAGGGCAAUUGGAAUUACAUAUAGCUAGUUACCAAGUGUAAUGACUCGACCCUAGCUAGCUACUAAUAAGUGGUGUUGAGAUUUUCGUACUAAUGAAAGUUGAUUGACAAGAGUGAUUUUCUUUUGUUACAUAUAUACUAGCUAGUUAAGUAACCAACAUUGAAUUUUAUGGAGAUUAAUAUUUUUCUUCAUCGACUUA